AUGUCGAGUCGAGCGCGAGAGACAGGAGCGUAAGCUUGUCCACGAUCGUUUGUCCGCGUUCGACAGGUCUUUCAAAUAGCGUGCGUGUAAUCGGUGGACGACAGAGCGCAGGGAUACGGUGGUAUUACGUUCGAGCAAGUUACGGAGUAAAAGUAUUUUGGAAGGCCUGGGGAGCGGAGGGACUGCGGAGGGGACUGCGGUUAACACGGGACUUGUGUGUGGGCAUAUAAUAGCUGAUCGAGCAUACUAGUGACACGACUGCGGAUUUUCCUUCAGCGAGAAAGAACAUACGAAGCUCGCAAAGUGCAUGUGCUAGUGUGCGUGUCACUGUAAAGGAGUCCAGAGCCGCUUCGGCGGCGCUCCCAAAAUCCAACCGCAGGAUCGAGCCUGUGGCGGCAGUGGUGGUGGUGGUGGUGGUGAGGCCGCGGCACUAUCGGGCCACGAUUCAGUACGAUCACGAUCGCACGCGGCAGGGUCGCUUGUAAUGGAGGAGGUGUCCGAGUUUAUUCCCGUGCGACAGAACAGUCACGGCGAUGCACGCCGUAUUGACUGAGACGCGAUAUUUAUCGUUGACUAUAAACGACCCCGGCCGGCCGGGCAAGAGAGGCAGGUCGAAAUUGGUAUGGAAUCGUCCAGGGUCCUCGACACGACGAACACUCGCUCCCGUCUGUGAUAACCACUAGCCGUUUAGAAAGAGAUAGCAGAAGAGAGAGAGAGGGAGAGAUAGAGAGAGAGAGAGAGAAAGAGUUAGAGCUGUUGUGUGUUUCGCGCGUGUGUUCUCCUCCGUCUGCCCUCUUUCAUUACCGUCUUUAAGUGUAAACAUUUCCCGAAAUCCGCUUCGAGGUUAGGAUAGCAUGGGGAUUGAUCCCCUGAAGGCAUCGACCGACGAACCGUGACACCUGCGACUCGCGUCGUGUACGCGUCGUGUGUGCAUCUGUGUGUGCGUGCUUCUGUGUGUGCAUUUACUCCUUAGAAAGCCGCUGCCGAGCAUUGUUAUUUCUCAUUCGGUGGCUAUCCAACGGGGAAGACCAAAGAAGAAAAUAUGUCAAGAAUGGGGAUCGAUCCCCGACGACAGAAUACUGUGCAUCGUUUGCAUCAUUAAAUUCCACCAUAAGGGACUAACGUCGGCAGCCUUUUUCUCUUUUUUUCCUUUUUUUUUUUUACCAUACGAUCCACCCUUUCUGUCACGUUUUCAACAGACUGUCGCGGAUCACUCUGCCACGACAGAGAGGACACUCGCACCAUGCAGAAAAGGGACGGUAGAGACACACAGCUACAGCUUGCGCGUAGCUCCGAACGCGAACAGGAAACGACCAAGAGGAUCUCUCGUGGUAGCGGUAAUGCUACGAGAUUCAACGCAUAUUCCUCAAGGUACAGUGUCACCUCCUCCUCUAAUGUACUCAUGGUCGGUCCCAACUUUCGUGUCGGCAAGAAAAUUGGCUCCGGCAACUUUGGGGAACUUCGUCUCGGGAAGAACCUCUACAAUAACGAGCAUGUAGCAAUUAAAUUGGAACCAAUGAGGUCAAAGGCGCCGCAGCUACACUUAGAAUAUAGGUUUUACAAAUUAUUAGGUACACAUGAGGGUAUACCGGAGGUGUACUACUUCGGUCCUUGCGGGAAGUACAACGCCCUGGUGAUGGAGCUACUCGGACCAAGUCUGGAGGACCUGUUCGACCUCUGCGGUAGGAGGUUUACCCUAAAGACCGUUCUCAAAAUCGCCACGCAAAUCCUCCAUAGGAUAGAGUACGUUCACAGUCGGCAUUUGAUCUACCGCGAUAUCAAGCCGGAGAACUUCCUGAUAGGACGAUGCACAACCAAGCGGGAGAAGAUCAUCCACAUCAUCGAUUUCGGACUGGCCAAAGAGUACAUAGACCUGGAGACGAACAAGCACAUACCGUAUCGGGAACACAAAAGCCUGACUGGCACGGCGCGUUACAUGAGCAUCAACACGCACCUUGGAAAAGAGCAGAGCAGAAGAGACGAUCUAGAGGCGUUAGGGAACAUGCUGAUGUACUUUCUACGUGGAAGCCUGCCGUGGCAAGGACUGAAAGCGGACACGCUGAAGGAACGGUACCAGAAGAUCGGCGACACGAAACGGAACACGCCGAUCGAGGUUCUCUGCGAUGGUCAUCCCGAGGAAAUGGCUACGUACUUGCGAUACGUGCGUAGAUUGGAUUUCUUCGAGACGCCGGACUACGAGUACCUGAGGAACCUCUUCCACGACCUGUACGAGAAACGAGGUUUCGUCGACGACGGUGAAUUCGACUGGACUGGCAAGACGAUGGUACGUGAUUCACUGACGAUCAAGUGAUCCAAGUGAUGCGUCACUUUCUCUUUGAUCUCUUGGCAAUGCAUGCAAGAAAAGAAGACAGAAUAAUAGGAGAGUUGCAUGACGGUCGAUUAUGCCCAGGGACGAAGCACGUGUCGCAAGAGUCGAUAUCAAAACCUCACGGCGGAGCUGUCUUUUUUCUUAUUCUUCUUCCCUUCUUUCUCUGUGUUUCGAUACUCGAUCGAUCCCCAAUUUAAACGAUUAGAACGUGUACAAUAAACGUGUUUACGUUCAUUCAAUGGAUUGCGUAAAUUAAAAGAUCUUUUAUCAGCAUACAACUUUUUUUUUUGACUUUCAAUCGUGCGAACGUGUUCGUUACACUGUACAUAGUAGUUCUAGCGACACAAUCUGUGUAGAAACUUCGAGAUAUCGUCUCUUCUGGGUAAGUAAGUCGUCCUGAGGGACUUCUUCUCUACGCCGGUUCUCCGUACAUAUUUUUCGUGAAAAAAAAAAAGAAAAAAAAAAAAAAAAAGAAAGAAAAACUGAUUUUUAACGUUUGCAUGCUGCCUCCAAUGUAUCACUAGCCAUCCAACUUCGAGCAGCUUAGAGCUCUGAGGAUGGCUCCUCCCUCUCACGUUGGCAAGACUAAGUCCGACAAGGUGGGUGAUAAGCGAUACGCGAGGCUCGCGUCUCUGUUGCUGGUAUGCAA